CAUUCACAACGCAUCAUCAUUCUCAUUGCGACCGCGCGUUCUGGAUUCGGGAAGAAUACUUUCUCCCAAAAGCUUACAGUUUUAUAGAAUAGACUGAAUGCACUUUUUAGACAGUUAAAGACUGACAGUGUUGGCGUCAGGUUCGCGGUCAGUAAGGUGCGCGACUUUACGCGCACUUUCUCAAGGAUACUCAAGCGCUAGAUCAUCCUCUCUGAUGACUCCUGCUGAAAGAGGAACAACAUCUACAUAAACUGUUUAAAGUUCAGUUAAGACUGAACGGCAGGGCUUCCACAUCACCAAAAGGAUAGUAAGACGUGCGAACUUUCCACGUCGCGCUUGAGCUCGUACCCUUGAUCAGCGUGCGUCCGAAUCAGCAGCUCGUCUGGAGCCCUGGAUUCUGAUCCUGACUGAGAGGGUGUUCAAAAGAUACCAAAUGGUUUUUCUUUGGGACGCCAAAUACGAACCUGCGCCUGGGCGACGCUUCACGCCUCCCUCAACCACCCUGAGCUCGGGGAAGAUGAAUGAAGGGUUGCCCCUAGGGGCUCAGGAGAACAGCGGCGCUGCCCUGGUGGGCAAACUGCGCAUGGCUGACCGAAGCAUGGUGGAGGUGCUUUCCGACCACCCAGGAGAGCUGGUCCGCACUGACAGCCCCAAUUUCCUCUGUUCUGUCCUGCCAACACACUGGCGCUGCAACAAGACGCUGCCCAUCGCCUUCAAGGUGGUUGCCCUUGGUGACAUCACUGAUGGAACACUGGUCACAGUGAUGGCCGGCAACGAUGAGAAUUACUCUGCUGAACUUCGGAACGCCACAGCCGCCAUCAAGAACCAAGUGGCCCGAUUUAAUGAUCUGCGUUUCGUUGGCCGCAGUGGACGAGGGAAGAGUUUCACUCUCACCAUCACUGUCUUCACAAACCCUCCUCAGGUGGCCACGUAUCAGAGAGCCAUAAAGAUUACUGUAGACGGACCCCGCGAACCACGACAUUCUAGGCAGAUGCAAACGUCUCCAUCCUGGUCGUACGAGCAGUCAUACCCUUACCUGGGCCCCAUCUCCACCCCAGCGGUUCACUCCACCACACCCAUCUCCCCCAGGCCCAGCGCUAUACACUGUCCAGAUCUGACGGCGUUCACUGACCCUCGUGUCGGUCUAGAGCGUUCCUUCCCAUCGCUCCCCUCCCUCCCGGACGGCCGUUUCUCGGACCCACGGGUUCCGUACCCAACCGGAGCGUUCACGUACACGCCCACCCCUGUCACCAACGCCAUCGGCAUUGGCAUGUCAGCCAUGACCAGCCCGGCGGGCCGCUACCACACAUACUUACCCCCAGCAUACCCUGCGGGCUCCUCCCAGGCUCAGGCCGGACCUUUCCAGGCCGGCACGUCCCCAUAUCACCUUUACUACAGCAGUGCCGCCGGCUCUUACCAGUUCUCCAUGAUGCCGGGUGGAGGAGGAGGGGGCGAGCGCUCGCCACCGCGCAUCUUACCGCCCUGCACCAACGCUUCCACAGGCUCUGCCCUCUUGCACCCCUCUCUGCCCAAUCAGAGCGAGGUGGUGGUGGAGGCAGAGGGAAGCCACAGCAGUUCACCAACCAGCAUGCCAGUGGAAGCCGUCUGGAGGCCGUAUUGACGUUUAAAGCAGUCGUUGACCAAUAGGACGAGGGCAGCUGAAUGAGGUGGUUUCUGUUUGGACUCAAUGGACAGACUUAUGUUUUUCACAGAACAGCAUGAGA